GCAACUGAGCCUUAACAUUCGAUGGAGUACCUGCGCGGACACGAGGCGCGCCAGACCGCGCGGCGCCAGACGCGCCAGCGCCGCCAGCGCCGCGCGCCGCCGCCAGCGCGCGCUCAGCGGGCAGCACUCCGCCGCGCCCCCCGCCGCGCCCCCGCCCCCCACCGCGCCCAACCUAACGGGAUUUGUUUUCGAUAUCAGUUCGAUUUCGCUACGUUAAAUACGCAAGCGGCACCCGGAGGAUGCAAAAAAAACAAUUUUUAUUUUAGACUAUUUAAUAUAAUUAAAAUAUUGCAACUAAGUAUGUGACUACUGUUCGAUGGUGUAACAAAAAGUGCCGCUUUGUAAGUCGUCGCCGCAUCGUCCGGUGUCCGAUGAUGCACGUUCCGCAGCGUCAGCGCCUCGUGACUGGUUCAUAGUUUGUUUCGUAAUUUUGGGUAAUCGCUAGCUUGCAGGUUGCACGAUGUGGCAGUGUAACACGUUGUUCGCUAAUUAAUGUUAGCAAACAAUAAUUUAUGGCAAGUCAUUCGAUACGGCAGGGUUAUGUCUUCAUAGUGAAAGUACAAGUUACUAUUUAUGUUCGAAAUAUAUUAGCCGUUUCAAUUUGUAAGUAUUUAGUUUCUUAGUAAUCAAUUCCGUAAAAUAAAUUAGAAAAUAUUAUGCUGUAAAAACUUGAAGAAAGCAAGAAAAAUACUGUAUAUGCUACAAAUAUUUAUUAAAAUACUUAUGGCAUUUAAUCAGUUACAUAAAACUUAACAACUUUCACUGCAGCAGCUGUAAACAUAAAUGUGCAAACAACUCAAUAUUUUAUAAAGAUCGCCCAGACGCCCUUUAAUUUUCGCUACCGUAAUACCGUAUGACGUUUAACUUGUUUAACAACUUUACUUGUAGCAAGCCUUUUCGGCCGACUUACAGCAAUCCCAGACAUACACUUAUCUCCGAAACAGUUAAUCACAGACAUACUGCUCCUUCCGUAUUAAUACUUAGAUAUUAAUGGACUAUAUAUUAAUAACUAUAACUAGAUAA